UUGAGCUACAAAUGCUUUAAUACCUUUGUCAAUAAUCAAUGCUGCCAACACAUGCUGGUCAAGUGGAAGGAGCAUCAAAUCAAUCAAGCACAGCAGACUCUUCUACCAUGCAUGCAUAUCCACCUUCUGGAGGUAGAACUGGUUUCAGGGAUGGACACAAUUCAUUGCAAACACGAAUCUUUGGCUCAAGAGGUAUAACAGCAUGUACUGUUCAGACAAAGACACCACUCGAAAACGAAGCAGAGAGUCCAAUUGAGCAGGUACACACUAAUAACAUCCCGCAAAAGCACGCCGUCAAACCACCAAGAUGGAGAACGUUGGAAUUCAAAUUCUACGCUCUGGUCUUCUUGACAAUCGUUCCGCUCAUGUGUUGGGUGCCGAUCCGAUUGAGCUUGGAUUCAGCAAAAAAUUAUCCCAUCUAUUCAUCACAUCUACAGCGGGGCUGGCUAUUCGGCAGAUUGAGAGACGAUUCAGAUUUCCAAUACAAAUCUUUCAGAGAUUACGUACCAGUCCUAUUCAUCGUGAUGAUUGCAUAUUUGGCUCUUUCGAAGUUCAGUGAACGUGCUGGAACAGCUGAAACAUACAGAAGCUUAGCAGAUCGUAUAAUACGGCCAAAUCGGGUACCAUUCCUUGUGGUCUUUACAUCAAUCUUCGUCGUCGCCUUGCAUGGCCUGAACGUCAUCAAAUUGCUAUUCGCAUGUGCAGUCAAUUAUAUGCUUUCUCUUCUUUUGGGAGGAACACCUCUCGCCACACCUAUGAUAUGGGCAUGGAACGUUGGGACUUUGUAUGCUGUGCACUAUUAUGAGGGUUUCUCAUUCGAAAGCAUCAACGAUUCCUUAUCGUGGAUGGACAAUUAUACGGGCCUUCUGCCAAGAUGGCAGAUUAAUUUCAACAUCACCAUGCUUCGACUUGUAUCUUUUGGGUUGGACUAUCAUUGGGCUCGCAAAGCAGCAGCAGCGGGCACGCAAGCAGGAUCGGCAAACACUUCCUCAAGGCCAAUCUUAGACGCAAGAAAGCGUGGGGAAGCACCUUUGGCAUUACAGGAUUAUUCGGUUUUGAACUACUUGUUAUAUGCAUUAUACCCUCCUUUGUUCAUCGCAGGUCCGAUCAUGACAUUCAAUGACUUCAUUCGGCAGACAUACAAUCCUCUCAACGUUUCACAACGGUAUACGCUCACAUAUGCCGUUCGGUGGAUAUUCUCUCUGCUUUCUAUGGAGUUUAUCUUGCAUUUCAUGUAUGUAAAUGCGAUCAAAGAUUCCAAAGCAUGGAGAGGAUCAACACCAUUGGAAUUAAGCAUGAUCGGAUUCUGGAAUUUGAUCGUUGUAUGGCUCAAGCUUUUGAUCCCCUGGAGGUUCUUCAGACUUUGGGCUUUGGCCGAUGGCAUUGACGCUCCGGAGAAUAUGAUUCGAUGUAUGGCAAACAACUACAGUACUUUGGGAUUUUGGAGAAGUUGGCAUCGAAGCUAUAAUUUGUGGAUCGUCCGAUACAUCUACGUUCCCGUUGGAGGAGCAAAGAAUGCCAUCCCAGCAACAUUGCUUGUGUUUACGUUUGUUGCACUUUGGCAUGAUCUUUCACUCAAACUUUUGACCUGGGGCUGGCUCGUUACUCUCUUCAUCUUGCCCGAAGUGAUUUGCAGACAAUUCUUCACUGAGAAACAAUAUGGUGAUCUUUGGUGGUUCAGGCACUUAUGCGCUGCCGGUGGAGUGAUUAACGUUUUGAUGAUGAUGACGGCAAAUUUGGUCGGUUUCGCAAUCGGAACAGAUGGUAUGGCGUAUAUGUGGCAGCAACUUCUGGCUGAUUGGGAUGGUAUCUUGUUCAUGUUUAGUGCAUGUGCUGUACUCUUUGUUGGUGUUCAAGUCAUGUUUGAAUACAGAGAAGAGGAAUUACGUCGAGGUAUAGAUCGAAAAUGCUGAUAAUAUUGUAUUUUGAUUAUGAUAAUAAAAGUACAAA